AUGCCCGGCUUGGGCAUUUGCGAGAAUCCGAGCGAAUCUUUUGGAAUGCCUGCGUGGGAUAUCUUCUCACAUACGGCGAUGCUUGCCGCAUUUGUAAAUGCGAAGUGUUUCGAUAAUGCGAAGGUUUUGUUUGAUGACAUGCCGGAGUGGGACGUGGUUUGCUGCAAUACUCUAAUGGCAGCAAAUGAAAGCUACGAUCAGGCAAAAGAUUUGUUUGAUUCGUUGCGCGAAUGGGCACUGGUGUCAUACAACACCAUUCUAAAAACAUUAUCGAGAACAUCAAAAGCUUGUGAUGCAAAGAGCUUCUUUGAUUCUAUGCUUGCCAGAGAUAUGUUCUCAUGGAAUGUUCUUUUGAAAACUUAUACCCAAAUCGGGUAUCUUGGUCAUGCAAAAUCUUUGUUUUCUGGCAUGAAAAUGCACGAUACAGUGGCUUGUAACACAAUGUUGCUUCUGUAUGAAAUGCAUGGCGCUGUAGAGGAAUCUACCGUACUUGUCAGCUCCAUGCCGUACUGGGAUUCCGUCACUUGGAAUAACAUGCUUCUGGCAUAUACCCGAAAUGGGCAUCUUGAAGAUGCCAUUAGAGUAUAUGAAAUACUGCCUUCAGACUUUGUCUCCUGUACUGUCAUGCUCUCGGCAUAUUCCCAGUCCGGGAAUCUUGACAAAGCCGUGUCUUUGUUUCAUAGGUUCUCGUAUAAAGACCAGGCACUAUGGAAUGCUCUUCUGGCUGCCUAUGUUGGUAAUGGAUGCCUCGAAUAUGCCCAGGCCGUGUUUCUUAGAGCUCCAAAGCUUAGCUCUGUGUCGUGGAAUAUAAUGGUGGCGGGUAAUGCGAAGGUUGGAUUUAUUGGCGAGGUUUUGAGAUUGGUACACACGAUGGUGGUGGAGGGAGUCGAGCCUGAGAUUGCGACGCUCCUUUCCAUCUUGGUUGGAUGCAACCAUGGCGGCGAUGUCUACACUGCUUGGAAAUACUUGCAGUGCAUGGUUUGUGACUUUGGUAUUGCUCCAACGAGGGAAGUUUACUGCUGUGUGCUAGAUCUUCUCAUGAGAGCCAACUACAUCGAGGCUGCAAGGGAUUUGUUUUACAACAUGCCAUUUGAGCCGGAAGCAGUUGACUGGAAAUGCAUGAACAGAUUAUUCCAAGCCAUGAGACUAGUAUAA